AUGGCAGAAGCAGUGCUUUUCAACCUCGCCACCGAGAUACUGAAACUCGCUGGUUCCAAUACCUUUUCAGAGAUCCAACUUGUACGAGGCGCAAGGGAUGAGCUCGACAGUCUUAAGGACACUGUCAAGACCAUCCGAGCUGUACUUUUGGAUGCUGAGAAGCAGCAAUGGCACAACCACCAGGUCAAGCUCUGGCUCGAGAGACUCAGGGACGUGCUGUACGACGUAUAUGAAUUGCUCGACGAUGUCGCAACCGAAGAUCUGAGGCAGAAGGUCAUGCCCGGCAACAAGAUGUCGAAAGUGGUACGCGUUUUCUUCUCUAAAUCGAAUCAGCUUGUACACCGCCUCAAAGUGGCUAAUGAGAUUCAGAAACUUAGGAAGAGACUGAAUCGGAUUGCAAAUGAUAAGAAGUUCCAUUUAGAGCAGCAUCUGAGUGAGGAAACAAUGGCCAUUGUGAGAGGAAAGAAACUUGAAAUUUCCACACCUGACGAACAAAUAAUUGGUAGGAAAAAGGACAAAGAAAAGAUCAAACAACUUUUGUUUAAUUCCUUCUGUAGCGAUACGGUGUCAUUUGUUUCCAUCGUUGGUAAAGGAGGUCUUGGAAAAACCGCACUUGCACGACUAGUGUACAACGACGGGGAGGUGGAAAAACAUUUCGAUCUUAAGAUGUGGGUGUGUGUAUCUGAUGUCUUUGAUGUGAAUUUGAUUAUCAAAGAAAUUCUUAAAUCAGCGAAUUGUCAAGAUCACGAGAAUAAGCCCUUAGACCAAUUGCAGAGACUUCUUCAUGAGACUCUAGGCAAGGAGAAAUAUUUGCUUGUUUUGGAUGACAUGGAAUGA